UAUUUCCUUGUUAGCUAAAAACCAUCAAACGAAGAAAAGUCGUCAGCUCUGAUGUGGCUAGAUCCAUGGGCUAGGUCCAUGUUAGCCAGGUAGCACUCAUGGUUGCUCUUUCUUUUGGAUAUUAUUUCCCCAUCACUAACUCGCCAUGGGCAAAAGAGACAAUCGAGUGGCUUACAUCAACCCCAUUGCAGCUGCACGAGCCAGGGGGCCGGCUGGUAGUGCAGGACCAACUAUACAAGAUUAUUUAGGCAGACCUCGGCCAACAUGGGAAGAGUUAAAGGAACAGUUGGAGAAAAAGAAGAAGGGUUCUCGAGCCCUUGCUGACUUUGAAGACAAAAUGAACGUGAAAUGGAGGAAAGAACUGGCUAAAAACCGAGAGAAAUUGUUUAGUGCAAUUGAAAAAGACAAGAAGACAACAGACAAGGAAAAAGAAAAGAAGACAACAGACAAGGAAAAAGAAAAGAAGACAACAGACAAGGAAAAGGAGGAGAAGAAAGAGAAAAAAGAGAAAAGGAAGAAAGAGAAGAAGAAAUCCAACAGGCAUUCUUCAUCUUCCUCCUCCUCAUCGAGUUCUGAUUCUUCCAGCAGCUCCUCCUCAGAAUGUGAAGACACAGAGGAAAAGAAGAGUGUGAAGAAAAAGCGUAAGAGAAAGAAGUCGUCAGCCAGGAGAGCGUCAGACGGCUCAGAGGACGAAUCUGACAAGAAGAAGAAAAGAAUCAAGGAAGAAGGCGACAAAGAUAAGGAUGACAAGAGCCGUAAAAAAAAAAGGAAGGCUGAGCGAAGCCAUAAGGACUCUUCUUCAGAGACUUCUGCUGAAUCAGAAGGGGAAGAGGCUGAAGCCAAGAAGAAAAAGAGAAGUAGCGAAGAAAAGGACAAAAUCACAGACAAAUCCAAGAAGAAGAGGAAAAAGAAGCACAAGAAACACGGCAGAAAAAAGAAAAAGAAGGCAGCAUCUCAUUCAGACUCGGAGCUCGACUGAUAUCCCUGUCUUUGCGGUCAUCUCAUCCUCCUCAUGGAACACUAGUCGUGUUGUUUUUGCCGCUAACCCCCACAAAACUCUCCUAUCCAGCUUCGGUCAUCAUGCUUGAACAAGAGACCUACAAACUUGCAAUGCCAGGUUUUUUUUUGUGAAAUUGAAGCAGGCAGCUAUCUGUGGCAACUACCGGUUCCUGUUUACUGUUGGUUUUUGUCAUCUUGCUUUUGUAGAUAAUUAUUCUUUCACUCACGAGACUGAGGGCGAAUUCCCCAUAUUUCCCCCCCUCAUCUUGGAGACUUCAGUGUGACCUGCUCUCACCUUCACUGUGCUGGCCAUGGAGUUCCUCUUUCCACUUCACACACCACACCUCGCAUUUGUAGUUGCUAAAUGAGGCUGUCCUGCUAGUGAAUGCGUUGUGCAUGUAGACCUGAUGUCUCCCCAGCCUCAUAUUGAAGUUGGAUUUAUGAAAAGAAAUGUGAGCUGCCCAGUCAGCGUUUAUACAAAGAAUACUUGUUCCGUUAGAUGAAUUGUAUGUAUAAACAAUCGCAAUUCAUCAAUAAAGUAUUGUUUUAGCCUUUA